AAUUUUUUUUAAAGCAAAAGGAGAAAGAGUGUGUGGGUUACAUUGUACGGUCUCACCUUGUCCCCUCACCCCAACUAAAAUACUGUAAUCUUUCCUCUCUAAAAAGCUAGAAAGACACCACCCGUUUGGCUUUUUUCCCUUUGGUUUCUGUGCUGCCUUUGCAUUUGUCCAUGUCUUGCUCCCUUCUUCAAAAUCAAUCCCACCCAACUCUCAAAACCAGAUAAUGGGGUGGCAAUCAUUCUCUCAAAUCUUGAUAAAUUUCUCCCCUUUUGUUUCAUCAUCAUCCUGUUGGAUACCAUAAAGAAAACCAUCUCAUUUAUUUGUGUUCUUGCAUGAUUUUGCUUCAUCAUUUCUCCCCUUAUCUUAAAUUCUCUGAAUAACCACUUGUUUUUGAGAAAUUUCUGGAAAAUUGAACUUGGCUUUUGCGAUGGAAAUUGAUCUGAACCAUGCAGUGAACGGAAUUGAAGCUGGGGAACAAGUUUAUAGCGUUGAUUCGAGUGGAAAUGGAGGGGAUUCGUCUUUAUCAGCUUCCUCAAAUUCCUCGAAUUCAUCCUUAAAAUCAUCAAAUCCGAAUUUUGAAUCUUCGGUUUACAUGGAGCUUUGGCAUGCUUGUGCUGGACCUCUUACAACUCUCCCAAACAAAGGAAAUGUGGUUGUUUACUUCCCACAAGGUCAUUUGGAACAAAUUGCUUCUCAUUCAUCUAUUCAAUUCUCACCCACUGAAGUUCCCUCUUUCGGCCUUCAACCUCAAAUCUUUUGCAAAGUUGUUGAUGUUCAAUUGCUUGCCAACAAGGAGAAUGAUGAAAUCUAUACAAAACUUACUCUCCUCCCACUUCCAGAGUUAACUGAUAAAAAUUUGCAAGAAGGGGAAGAAGAAGGUGGUGGUGGGACACUUGCGAAAUCAACCCCUCAAAUGUUCUGCAAAACACUAACCGCAUCUGAUACAUCCACCCAUGGCGGAUUCUCUGUACCCAGAAGAGCCGCUGAAGAUUGUUUUCCACCUCUGGAUUAUAAACAGCAAAGGCCAAGCCAAGAACUAGUGGCGAAAGAUCUACAUGGAGUUGAGUGGAAGUUUAGACACAUUUAUAGAGGUCAACCGAGGCGACAUUUGCUUACUACAGGGUGGAGCAUUUUUGUAAGCCAGAAGAAUCUCGUUUCUGGGGAUGCAGUUCUCUUUCUAAGGGGUGAAGGAGGUGAAUUAAGGCUAGGAACACGAAGAGCCACAAGACCAAGAAAUGUCCUUCCUGAUACAAUUAUGCCCAACUCAAAUUCCUUCAUGGACAUUCUUGCCCCUGUAGCUAAUGCCGUAUCUACCAACACCACCUUCGAUGUUUUCUAUAGUCCAAGGUCUAAUCGAGCCGAUUUUGUUGUUCCAUAUGUGAAGUACAUGAACUGCAUUAACAAUAUGAUAACAAAUGGAACAAGGUUCAAAAUGAGAUUCAGUAUGGACGAAUCUCCUGAAAGAAGGUUUAGAGGCACUGUGACCGGUGUAAGUGACAUGGAUCCUUACAAAUGGUCUAAAUCAAAAUGGAGAUGCCUAAUGGUGAGGUGGGAUGAAGAUGUUGGUAAUAGUAAUCAAGAACGAAUCUCUCCAUGGGAGAUUGAUCUUUCGGGUGCAUCUGUCCCACUUUUAAGCAUUCACCCUUCUCUAAGAUUCAAAAAACUUCGGGCAAAUCUUCAUUCAUCUCCAUCUGAACACCCUGUAAAUGCAUGGGGUGGAUGUUUAGACUUUGAGGAGUCAACAAGAUCCUCUAAGGUCUUGCAAGGUCAAGAAAAUAUAGGUGGCACGAUAAACAACUCGUUGAACUUCGGUGUACAACCCUCAAUGCAUGGAGUACAAGUACAACCCUCGAUGCAUACGGGUUUUACUCCAAAUCAAAUGUUAUUAACAGGAAGAAGUACAAACAUUGUGAGUGAACUUAUGAGGAAUCAUCAUCAUUCAGGCUUUUUGGGAUCUGAAAACAGAUUCCCAAAGGUCUUGCAAGGUCAAGAAAUUUGCUCAAUGAGAUCUUUAACUGGAAAAACAAACGGUUCUUGGGGCCCACCAAGAACCAAUUUACCAAAUAACCCCGGGUUCUAUCCGCUUGGUUCUGAAGGUGGUAGGAACUUUUGUUUUCCAAAUUUGCCCCCGGUGUUGCCUAUGACUGGAUUCCCUAUCAAUCGUGAGGGUUUUGGAAAUGGGGUUAUGAGGGAUGAUAUGCUCAAAAGUUUAAGCAAGAGAAGUUGCAUUAAGGUUCAUAAGCAAGGAAACAAAGUUGGAAGGGCCAUUCAUCUUUCAAAAAUGUCAAGUUAUGAAGAACUAUUUAGCGAGCUAGAGGCACUAUUUCAAAUGGAAGGUGUGUUAAAAAAUCGUGAAGGUGGAUGGCGAUUGCUAUAUACCGAUGAAGAGAAUGACAUGAUGGUUGUAGGAGAUGAUCCAUGGGAGGAAUUUGCACGAAUGGCUACAAAGAUUCAUAUAUAUACGAAUGAAGAAGUUGAAAAACUCAUGAGUGGUGGUGUGAUUAGUGAUGACACCAGUUGCUUGGAGGAAGCACCGGCCAUGGUGGUGGAUACCGCUAAGUCCUCACCGGAGUAAUCUUCCGGUGGUGGUGGUGGUGGUGGUGGUUUAGAGUAUAUGUUUAUGUUGGUAUUUUGUGCUAAUGCAACAAAUAUGGAAGCAU